CCCAGUCAAAUCUGGAGAAAAAAACUUCCCCUUCCGCCCUCAAACCCUCUCUCUAUGUUUUCUAUUUUAUCCUUGUCCCUUCUCUCCCCGAAAAUUAGGGUUCCUCGCUUCUGCAGAUCGUCUUUUAUCCAUAUAGAUUUGACCGGCAUUCACUUGAUUUCUCUGUUCUCCAACUAUGAAGCAGAAGCGAAAUUCGAAGAAAAAGAAGAACCGAUCAAGCGCCACGAAUUCCCCCUGCGGUGGACCGUCCGCCGGGAGCAAAAAGCCCUUGGAGAAAGAAGCGACCGAUAUUGGAGGAAAACGGGAAGCUAAGAAGGAAAAUUUUGAAGACAACGUUAUCGAGUCGUUGAGGGAUGCUUUUUGCUCGGUUUCGAUAGAGGAAGCCACGGCUGCGUAUAAGGAGGCCGGCGGAGAUCCGGACAAAGCGGCCGAGAUUUUGUCCGAUCUGGUGGAAAGCGUCGAUGAUCCGUUUACGAGUUCGGUCUCGAGCGGGUUUUCAGGUCCAGAGACUGGAUCUAGCUCCGACUACGGGACGGGAUCGAGCUCUAGCGUCAGCGAUGGAUUUAUGGAGAGCGGUUACGUGCAGAAUCUGAUGAGGGAGAGGGGGUUUAAGGGGAGCAAACAAAAUCGAGUUAUUGCAGCAACAGGCACGGUAUCUACAGUAAUAGGGAAAGAGUACAUGAAGCAGAACCCCGUGAAAAAGGAGGUUUCUUCGGUUACAAGGUUUAAGGGAGUCGGUGAGAAUAAUAAUUUUGUUUCGGAUAUGGAGGAAGCUGAACAAUUCAUAUCCUCAAUGCUCGGAGAUGAUUGCGAGCUUAGCAUGGCCGUUAUUCGAGAUAUUCUGUGUCAAUGCGGAUACAAUGUUGACAAGGCGUUGGAUGUCAUUCUUGAUAUGUCUUCUUCAUCAAGUGACACUUCCUUUGAUGGUAGAUACUACCCUGAAGCUCGUUCGUACAAGGAAGAUAGAGGAUUCAGCUGUGGACAUAGUGAUAGUUUGGCAGCUACAACAUCUAAUUACCUGACGUAUUUACCCAGAAGUGAACUAGACGAUAAUUUCUGGACAACAAAUUGCUAUGAAAGGAAUUAUGCAAGGGUGCUCGCUAGUUCUGAAGGUCCAUCUACUUCUACCCAAGAAAAUAACGAGCUUGAUCUUCCACAUAAGGUGUUGAAGUCUCUUUUUAACAUCCCCCAGAGUCCUAGACAUGAACCUGAUAAAAUGAAUUGGAGGAAUGUAGUAAAGAAACUACAGUCUCUGGGAUCUAGUGUUGACGCUUGUUCAUCUGAUGGGGCAGAGUCUCAGCUGGUUACUUGUGUGAAAGAUGAUGGAUAUCAUGAACUUAGAAAAGGUGCAAAUAAGCAAUGGAAUGCGACGAAAACCUAUUAUCAAAGAGCUGCACAAGCAUAUUCAAAAGGAGAAAGGGCCCAUGCAGCUUACCUUUCUGACCAGGGGAGAACGGCAGCUAAAUUAGCUCAUCGGGCAGAUGAGCAGGCAAGCCAGGAUAUAUUCGUGGCUAGAAAUAGGGAUAUAGAGAAUGUGAUAACAAUUGAUUUGCAUGGCCAGCAUGUCAAACAAGCAAUGAGGCUGUUGAAGCUCCAUCUCUUAUUUGGAUCAUAUGUUCCAUCUGUUCGAACGCUCAGAGUUAUCACAGGAUGUGGGUCUCAUGGAAUUGGGAAGUCCAAAGUGAAACAAUCGGUGGUGAAGCUGCUAGAGAGAGAAGGAGUUAGGCAUUGGGAAGAGAACAGAGGGACAUUGAUCGUAAGGGUCGAGGGAUGUCCUGAUUUCGGUUUCGUCGACUCAGACCGUGACUCCGAGGAGGACUAACAACUGACUAACUAACCCUGCUUUUGCUUAGACAGGCUUCUUCUUUACUCUCCUUAUCUUAGAUUUGUUAUGCAAUUGACUCUUUGGGUUGAGUCAUUAUGUAUAUAUUAUCAUCUUCUUCUUCUUUUCCAGACAGUAGAACUAUAUAUUAUGACCCUAUUUUAAACAUUGUAUAGAUAUUAUGACCCUAUCUUAUCAGGUUAUUCUUCAUUAUUUUUAA